UACUUCAUUUUUCUUUUAUGCAGCGCCGCCCAGCCGCAGCCGCCCAAAAAUGUAAACAAACUUAAGGUUCUGAAGAGGAGUUUGUGUUGUGUAACUAGAAUAUUUUUGAAAGGUAUAACAGAGUUAAUUGCUGUGUGAAAUAUCUUCAUUUAUACUUGUAAAAUGACUGGGGCUGUCCUAGAAAAUCUGAGUGGUAAGAAAUUGGCAAUUCUAAUUGGAAUUCUCCUAUUAUGUCAAGUGAUUUGUUUUCUAAUAGGCGGCUUGAUUGCUCCGACUCCAACUAGUGCCGAAAGCAUGCUGGCAACCAAAUGCUUUGACAGUGGAAACAAUACAAAUAAAUGGUUCUAUUCGCGAGGAAGAGGAAAUUGCCGAGAAAUAGAUCUGAACAAGAAUAAUAUUUCUGAUGAUUACACACUCGCGAACCAGUUAGUGUUUGUUUUCCAGCUGCCUGUGCCGCGAGAAAUGACAAUUCUGGAUUAUUCCCGAUGGCAACAAAAUCUGAUGGGAGUCUUGCAGUUUGACAUAGAAUAUCAAACUGACAUGGAAAUGGCUAAUCGUGUUACAAUAACUUUAGAUUCAAGAUUGGGGUACAGGAACAAAGGCGAUCCUGAUGAUGCAUGGAAAAUGUAUGCCGCUUCUGUCGAAAGGAGGAUUCUUGACUGCACAAUAGAUGACAAAAGAGAUAAAUAUCUUUAUAAGUGUUCAAUUAUACCGCUGUUUGAACUAGGCUCGUUACAUCAUGAUUUUUACCUUUUGAAUGUUCGAUUACCAGUCGAUGAUGAGAAGAGACUCAAUGAAGGGCUAGGUCAUGUUGCAGACCUGUGGCUUGUGGCAAUCAAUCAGAAUGGGGGUUUCACCAAGGUGUGGGUGUCUUUGAAGGCUUUCUUCUUCCCAUUCAUUUUGAUUGUGUUGAUUUGGUUUUGGAACCGCGUUCACCAGCUAUCCCGCAGACCAGCUCUGCUAGAGUACAUGUUGCUUUACCUCGGUUGUGCCCUCACCGUUCUCAACAUGCCACUCGAGUUCCUGACGCUGGCAUUCGACAUGCCCUUCAUGCUUCUGCUGGACGACAUCAGGCAGGGGUUGUUUUACGCUGCCUUGUUGUCGUUCUGGCUGGUGUUUGCAGGAGAGCACCUCAUGAUCCAAGACAGCAGCCACGAAACACUCCGCGUGUACUGGAAACACCUCAGUGCGGUGGCCAUCGGCUGCCUGUCCCUGUUUGUGUUCGACAUGUGCGAGAGGGGCAUCCAGCUGAGGAAUCCAUUCUACUCCAUUUGGGUGUCAGAUGUAGGGACGAAUCUUGCCCUCACAUUUAUCAUUCUGGCGGGCAUUUCUGCAGGGGUAUAUUUUGUGUUUCUGUGUUAUAUGAUUUGGAAGGUGUUUCGCAACAUCAGCACCAAACGCACGGCUCUGCCGAGCAUGUCUACGGCCCGCCGCCUCCACUACGAGGGCAUCAUUUACAGAUUCAAGUUCUUGAUGCUCGCUACUUUGCUGUGUGCCGCUCUCACCGUCAUCGGCUUCAUUCUGGGGCAGGCUUCGGAGGGGCGCUGGAAGUGGGGCGACGACAUGGAGCUGGAGUUCACCUCUGCCUUCUUCACCGGCGUCUACGGCAUGUGGAACAUCUACAUCUUCGCGAUGAUCGUGUUGUAUGCCCCUUCACACAAACAGUGGCCCGUGGAAGCAGACAGCCGAGGCAUCGUCAGCGAGGAGAUAGAGUUCAGUCGCCUCGCUACUGAUCCCAGCGAGAUUUCAUCCCUCACGACGUUUGCUCGCAAGUCAGCGCUAGACUAAACACUGUUUCAAGCUCUAGUUGUGAGUCUGUGUUUAUUGCAAGCACUGCCAAAAUUGUGUGAAUUGGGUAGGACCAUGCAUGGAAUUUACUAGAAGUUGGUAUUGGCAAGAUUGCCUGCUAAUUUUUGUAUUUUAUUAUUUGGUUUAGUUUUUGAUAGUUUGUAAGUAGCAGUAUUACCAUGCUCUCUUAAGCUGUCCUUACACCAAGGAAUCUCUCACAACGAUGACAUGAACUUGAUCGUCUACGAUUUGUGGCAGUUACUUAAUAUGUAUCACUCAACAAUAUUGUAGGAUGAGAUGAACUGAAACCAGUGAAUGUUUUGUAGUAAUGUAUUUGUGUUAUGAGGACACAAUUUUAAUUCUAGAUUACGGUAGGUAAGUAGGCACUGUUGUGGAUUAUAAGAGUUGCAGUUGAGAAUGGACUGAGACCAUGCAUCCCUUUUUAAUUGUAAACCAUCCAAAAAUAAUGAUUUAUAGGUUAAUCUUCUUGAAACUUGAAAAUUUUCCAAAUUGUAGGUUGAAACAGUGAUAUUCAAUCAUUUGUGUCACUAUCGCACAUUAACUGUGCCAUAUAACCGUAGAAGUAACUCAGCAAUGGUUAAUUCUUUCAAGUUGCAACAUAGAUUGCAAUUGAUUGCAGCUCUAAAGGGUUGAAAUAUUUGGUAAAUUACAUGAUGGGUUCAUUUUAAAUUAACAAUUUGACAUGCAUUCUGAAAUACAGCGACUAAAACUGAGUUAGGGGCAUAGACACUAUUCUUAGAAAAUGGAUUAUAAUAAAUAUAACUCAUGUGUAGCUCAUUUUUAAUGCUUGUGAUAUAUUUUGCUUAUAUAAGCACUUGACUUCCAAGUAUGGGCAUAACAUUAAAGCCAUGCUACAGUAUUGCAAUCAAUAAUAAAUGGGUAGCAGUAUGAAUUAGAUCAUAUACUUAAUGGGGUCUUCUACAACACAUAAGAGAUGCCCAUAACCAUGCAUAGAGGAAAAUUAAAAUGUAUUUCUUGUGCCACUCUAAGUAUCAGCCAGUCACAUGCAGGCAAUCAAUAGUUGCAUAAGCGACAUAGAGUACAAUGUAUAAUUAGCCAGUCUUAAAACAAAAAUGUGCACUUCGUGAAAUACAUACACUACGGCAAUUUUCUUAAAGUAUAUUCCAAAAAUGGAUGCUGUCUGUGUGAUAGCUUUCAACAGAAUGAAUGUUAUGUUUGUUGAAUAAACCAAUUAACCAUGGGUAAAAUAAUUUCAGACAACACAAAUAUCAUUAAAUAUUAGAAUUGGACACCAUCUGUCUGUUUUUACAAUAGUUUUUAUAGGUUGCAUUACAACGAAGUUCUUACAGUUGCAGCAAAUAGAUUUGUGAAGUUCUUUAUGAUAACGCUAUUGUUGUUAUAACACUGUUUUUGCGUAGCAAGUCAAACUACGAUUACUACCCAGUAUUAUUUUAUAUUUUUACUUCAAUGCAGCUAUUUAUGGAGAUAGGUUAGGUUUGUCAGACUUGUUCGUUGCAACAUUUACCAUCAUAUCUGAGAUGGUUUGUUUUUUUAUAAUUUUGUAUGUGUUCUUUUGUAAAUAGUGUUUUAUUUUAUGUUUGGUGUUAGUUUUGUAGACAGCUUGUAUCAAUGUGCAUAAUUGGAAUCUCACAUUAUAAUAUAUUUGAAUCAUUUUGUUUACAGUCAUAUUUGGCAUUUGGUACAGUCAUAUGUGGCAAUUAUGCUGUGAUGUUCUGUUCGAGAGCAUAGACUGCACCAUAACAAAUUUUUUAAAUCAGUCCUUGAAUGGCCUAUUUGCCAAAAGAACUGUCAACAUUGUGCCAUGGUGGACACAGCUUGUACGCUGUCGAGGUUACGAAACCCAGCACUGCUUCGUUUGUCAUAGUUUAAAUGCAGUUAGUGUUUGAUCGGAGGGAUCCCACACUCGGCGGAGAGCGAAUGAAGUGAGCGGCGACACAGCCCGAAUAGCUAGGUCGACCGGAUCACGGGUUCUCUGAACGACUGAGGGGCCUCAGAGAGACACGUGGUUGAUCGAGGUAGACACCAGUAGUACUGAUUUAGGGCUAGCCGAGUGGGGUGGCGGACAAGGUAGAUAAUGCUGGGAGGGGUUGCCCCAGCCUCUUGCCAUAGCUGGGUCUCUAACCACCUUCCUUAUCACUGACUAAUUAAUUUUGUUUCCGGUUGUUAUUGAAAAUACAUUUUUGACUGUCAGCUGGCAGUUGUCAACCGUUAAUAAAAUUGGACUAAUUUGAAGUUGUCCAUGCUUGUAAAAGUAUAAUUGGUCAGUGCUUGUACUUUCAUCCUUUCAUGGUGACUGUUGUAAACUGACAUUUAAGCUAGGACUGUUUUUAUUAACAAGCGCUGGUUUCCAGCAAUUGCAUGAAAUAGGUCUGUUUUUUUUUUUUGUAUUUAUGAUUUAAUUGAUAAUCAUAAUGUAAUAUGUGAACAGUUUAUUUUGAAAUUUUUGAUUGCAUUUGAUACUUAACCUUUUUAAAGGGAAAUAAGUUUCAGCUGAAAUAUGUAAUACAUAAGGUUUUUAUGUCAAUUUACAAAAAAAAAAACUAUUCUUUUUUAGGAUUUUGGAGGGGGUAUAUCACCCCCCCCCCCCCCCCUUCCCCAUCAAUCUUGCAGACUCCCCAGGAGCAGGUGAAUCAUAGCACUAGUUUUAUUGAAAAAAAAAUUGUUAUUUAUAAAUUUGUACAGCCAUAAAGUAUUUAUUUGUAUUGUGAACUGUUGUAACUGUGAAUUAUUCUUUCAAGUGAGUGGGAAUUGAAGUAUUUUUGCUUUAUUGCUGAUAUGUAGUAACAUAGUGAAAAUUUGAAGGAAAUGGUCUAGAUUUUUUUAUGUGUAGGUGGUGCCCAGUUAAUAGUUACAUCAUUCAUUAGCAAUACCAAUAUGUAAUGUAAAGUUUUCAAUGCAAUUUGUAGAUGGUGGUUGAUCAAUUUGGAAAUGGCAUCGUAAUGUUAAAUGGAAAAGUCAGUGUAUUUUCUUGUAGAUUGUAUCAUAAUAUGCAUUCUCUUUAGUAUUAAUAUGCGUGCAGAAUGAUUGGUUUUUAUCUCCAUCAUGCUAGGGUGUGUACAACUUGUCUAAAAGUACUGAAAUAAACAGUGACAGUGCUGAAGUUACGAAACUCGUAUUUUCAGUAGGUUUUUGUUAACUUGUGUUUUGUUUCUUGAUGGAUUACUUCAACUCUUCAGUUUAUAGACUGUCCAUUUAAAUGAUAUGGAACUGUUUUAGCUUGCUAACUUAAAAUAAGUAAGUUCUGGCAAACAGAUCUAUUUCUUACUGUGUGUAAUUUUACUAAUUAUAUUUAGAAAAAUUUAAAAUUAAUUUUUAAGAUGGUCAUGAAAUUGGCUUUUCAGGUAUUUGUAGACAACCUGCAUACAGUAAUAUUUUUACAGAUUCAUGUAUAGUUCUACUUCAUUUUUUUUUCAUUA